AUGUAUCUCCGAGGAGAUACGUCGUCACUCGCCCUCUUCUUCCUACCCACUCCCUUCUCAAUAAGCUCGGCAAUUUCACCUCUUUCACACUCGCCUCUCAACACACCUACUGCCACACCCUCCUCCUGCCUUGCAUGCAACUCGUCAUCGCACGCACACACUUGCAACUAUUCUUUGGUCUCUUCAACCUUACCAUCCCUGUCACCGAUGCUUGCACGCCGGUCAUUUCAGUACUAUGUGUGUUUUACUUGCAUCGGCUCGGCUCGCCUCGCCUCGCAUCGCAUCGCCCCGCCACGCCUCGCCCAAUCCGUCCUGCUGAGUCUGCAACUGCGCACAACACUUGGUUAG